GUGUGUGUGUGUGUGUGUGUGUGUGUGUGUGUGUGUGUGUGAGAGUUUAUAAAUAAAUAAAGCAGGCUCACAUCAGAGGUAUCAAAGGGAUGCUCGCAAGAAUGAGACACACACACCUGAAGCCAGUUAAGUGUGUGGCUGUGGAAUCCCAAGCCAGCGAAGAUCCGAGUAAAAUUCAGUCUGUUGGUCCAACUCAUGCACCAGAGGUGCUCAGACACUGCUCGUGUCUGUGUGCUGCAGAUAUGAGUGAAGUCUAUUUGGACAACAUUCUCUUAAAACAUAUCUAACGGACCUCUCUUAUUUGGGAAAUUAUGAGCUCUAAGGGAGCAAUGAAGUGACCGGUGCUUUGCUUUGGAUGUCCCCUCAUCUUGACCUCUGGAUGUGCUCUUGAUGCUUUGCUGUGGUCUGGGACACUGGCGGCAAGUACAGUCCACCUAUGGUUCGGCGGACCGUCAAGACUCAGGGACCACUGAGGAAAAGGAGAAGAAUGCACAGGUCCAGCUGGAGAAGGCGAAGUCUAAACCUGUUGCGUUUGCUGUACGCACAAACUACACCUACACCCCUGCCGAUGAUGACAACGUUCCUAUCCUAGGACAUGGAGUUGCCUUUGAGGCUAAAGACUUCCUGCAUAUUAAAGAGAAAUUCAAUAAUGACUGGUGGAUUGGGCGGCUGGUAAAAGAAGGUGGGGAAGUGGGUUUCAUCCCCAGCCCAGUCAAUCUGGAGACUAUUCUCAUUCGGAGGGAGGUGCAAGCCAGGAAGGCUGCCAAAGCUCUAGCCAACAAAGCAGCAAGCUCUGCCAAAGAUGAUUUGAACUCGAAGAAAGCUACUCCUCCUCCAACAGUUCAGCAGGUGAAGAAGAAAUCAGGAGAACAACUGGCAGCAUAUGAUGUUGUGCCUUCAAUGCGUCCUGUCGUGCUGAUGGGGCCUUCACUCAAGGGUUAUGAGGUUACAGACAUGAUGCAGAAGGCCCUCUUUGAUUUUUUAAAACGCAGAUUUGAAGGCAGAAUAACCAUAACUCGAGUGACAGCAGACAUCGCCCUAGCCAAGCGGUCAAUCUUAAACAACCCCAGCAAGCAUGCUAUAAUGGAUCGCUCCAACACACGCUCCAGCCUUGAUGCUGCUGCUCAGAUCCAAGGGGAGAUUGAGAGGAUCUUUGAGCUUGCACGUAGCCUGCAGCUGGUGGUUCUGGAUGCAGACACUAUAAACCAUCCACUCCAACUCAGCAAGACCUCCCUGGCCCCAAUUCUCGUCUAUGUCAAGAUCUCCUCUCCUAAGGUUCUCACCAGGUUGAUAAAAACCAGAGGAAAGUCCCAGACCAAACAUCUCAAUGUUCAGAUGGUGGCUGCAGAUAAACUUGCCCAGUGUCCCAAUGAGAUCUUUGAUGUCAUCUUAGAUGAGAACCAACUGUCAGAUGCCUGUGAGCACAUAGCUGAGUACCUUGAGUCUUACUGGAGGGCCACUCACCCACCAGAGAUGGAGACAGCCAAGCCUGCAGUAGAGCCCCCAGAGAGCACACUCCCCAGCAGCCCCACACCUGCCAAGGAUGAAUCAAAAAGCAAGAGGACAGUAACCAGUAAAAGGAAGGAAUCUCUGGAGAACCAACAAAAGUAUCACCAAAAUGAGGAGCCAAAAGCGGAGGAAAAAAAAGAAGCACGAGAGAAAGAGGCAGCUGAGGAGGAGCAGCCCUUGAAGGGUGAGCCCAAGAGGACCCACCAACACCACCGCCACCACCACCGUCACCAUCACCGCCGCACCAGCGCAGAUCACAAAGAACAGCACAACCACCACCCUGCCCACUUACAAAACAUGGACACUGAUAAUGUUACCAGUAAGAACUCAGAGUCUCAAAGCCAUCAUCUGCUGCUAGACAAAGAAGGAUUGGACCAAACUGAGACACAUUCAACCCAGAUCACAAUCCAUAAAGACCAAAACCAUUAUCACCACCACCACCACCAUCAUCAUCAUCAUCGCAAGACCAUAGACAUUCACAAUGAGUAUGGACAAGACUAUAAGCUGAAGCACAAUCAGUGCAACAGGCAGCAUAGUCAUCAGAGACAGCUACGCCCCUGUAAUGAACAGAUGCUGCACUCCCUUCAUAAACAGUCACUGCCUUUAUCUCAAUAUGAAUCACCUGAACAUGAACAGCAUUACAGCCUUGAACAUCAAUACCACUACCGUGGCCAAGAAAGAGCCAGAGACAGGAACAAGGAGAAGAACAAUGAUAGACACGAUGAGGCGGGAAACUGGAGCAGAGAUAUGCAUGUUCAUCACUGACUGAUGCGGAUUUGUAGUGAAACAUACAUGUAAUGCCACUACUUGUACUGUUCAAACGUCUCACCAAAAGCAUGCACAGAUCUUGUAUAUGCUUAGAAUGUAGUUACAAAUGCAGGUUUUCCACUUUUUUAAAAUGUUUUUUUAAACCAUUUCUUAGAAGAAUGGUUUAAUGUUAAAUAAUUGCUAAGGAUAGUGCUAAGCAAGUACAGCCAGUUACAAGCAGUUAUAUUCUUUUCAGUUAUAUCUAUUUGACAUUUCUAUUACAUUUUGCAGACAUGUGCUGUUAUCCAUGCCUAAUAGGAUUAUUAACAUUGUAAAACAAAAUAAAAAAAAAAACCUAAAUUAGACCGGCCUUCUCAGUCUGCCUUAAGGACCCUUUUUUUUAAUACACUACUAUUUACUGUUAAAAUUUCUUACAAAAAGGUGUGAAAAAAAAAUCAAAAAUAAUGCAAAACAUUUUUAAUGACAAAUGAGUAAAGCAUGAGUAAGUAUUAUUAUGUAAAGUAUGGUUUUAUACAUGUUCCACAAAUGAAAACCUGGAAAAAAAAUGGAAACUUUCCAUUUUCAGCAUUGAAAGAAAAAAAAGAUUUUCAUUUAUAUAUUCACAUAUCAUUUACAUUUACUUAUUAACUGAGUGCCUACAGGGCAAGUCUACUGUAAAUAUGCACAGUAUCGAGUUAAAAUAUAAAAAUUCAAUCAAAUUGCACACAAAAUACUCAGAGGUUAUUGAUGGAUCUUUUAGCACAGUACAGGUAAUUGCAUUACAAUAUGCACUCUGUUUCUGCAGUCUUUCAUUUUGCCUUGCUUAGCCCCUCAUGCUUUCUGUGGCUGAUCAUAUAGCAAUGAUUUGUUUUGAAAGUACAUUGUUCCGAUUUUUUCACGAGUACAUAUGGUGCCAUUGCCUACUUCUCAAGUUCUGUAUGCAUACAUCAUGAAAUUGCACUUUUUUGCCAACCUGUCUGUUUUCCAUUACUGUUGUGUUCAUAACUGUUUUUUCUAAAUAUUUAUUUUACAAUAUUAGAAAGAAUCAUAAACAAGAACUGGCAAUUUAUUUUCCCCUGGUGUUUCACUUCUUUUAAAAGUAGAUCUUGCACUAAUAUUGUUUUUUGGUAAGGUCUGAAGUAUUUGCACACAUUGUCCCAGGGCAAAAACUUUUAUUCCCCUGACACAGAUGACAAGUUUCUUUUUUUUCUUCACUUAAAUAUGGUAGAAUGUCUAUUUUAUUAAUUGUUAUAGGCCAUUCUCAAGAACUAAUUAAGAAUCAUUUUUAUCCCAAAAGUAGUAAA